AUGGAAAUAUUUGGAGAAAAUAGUAAUGAUUAUUCCAAUCUUUUGGAGUCAAUCCAAGAUUAUCUUCUUGAAGAUGACUUUGAAACCCUAACAAAUGCCUCACCACAUAUUUUACUUGAACAAGAUUUUAUAACCCUAACAAAUACUUCACCACAUAUUUUUCUAGAAGAUGAUUUUGAAACCCUAACAAAUGCUUCACUAGAUGCUUUACUUGAUGACCCAACUUCUUUUAAGCUUGAUGAUUUGCUGCAGUUUGAUUCAAUGAUCGAGGAAUCUACAAUAUUGCCACCUAAUAAUGAUCAUUGUCUCCCAGAAGCAGCCGUCGGGGAAGAAAAAGCGCGGUCCAAGGGCUCGAAAUUUAAAGGUGUAAGGAGGAGGCCUUGGGGCAAGUAUGCGGCGGAGAUCAGAGAUCCGAAGAGACAUGGAGCUAGAAUUUGGCUUGGUACUUACAAGACGCCAGAAGAUGCAGCAUUGGCUUAUGAUAGAACCGCUUUUAAAAUGCGCGGUUCAAAAGCUAGACUCAACUUUCCUCAUUUAAUUGGCUCAGCAGAUUAUGUUCCGGUUAGAGUGACUAACAAACGUACCUCGCUCGAACAAUCUUCUUCAUCGUCGAGUUCAUCAUCUUCUUUGGAGAUGCAAGUUGGUGACUCUACAAAGUCGAAGAAGAAAAUUAAAACUAUUAAUUUGAUAGCUAAUGCUCUAGGACAUAAUGUUUGCCGGUUUACCCAAGUCAUCAAUAAUUUAGCUAAUUCAACUCUAACUAACUAG